CAAAAAAGAUAUAGCAGAUGCUUCUUCAAUCCUCAGUCCUCUGGCACUGUUUGUAAAGUUUCAAAAUUGGAACCGAUGGUCUGUCUGGCAAGCUUGACUCCAAACGUGGGAUUGGAAAGUCUAUCCCAUCUGAUCCGUCCGAAAACGAUGCACCAAACACUCCAUGAAUUUGACACUUGGCAUGCUUUCAAGGGCCCCGCCGGAUGAAUGGACGGAUCUCGUUCCCCCGCGCGAAUCGCCGUAGCACUUGCCUUUCAUGUUUAGGCGUGUCCCUGCUAAUCGGCCUCCCGACUGGAAGAGAGAAAAGAAGAAAGAGAAGGAGAAGAAGAAAGAGAAGGGGAAGAUGAGCGGCCACGAUUCAAAGUACUUCUCCACCACUAAGAAGGGAGAAAUCCCAGAACUGAAAGACGAGCUCAAUUCUCAAUACAAGGAUAAGAGAAAAGAUGCUGUGAAGAAGGUAAUUGCUGCGAUGACUGUUGGGAAGGAUGUGUCGUCAUUAUUUGCUGAUGUUGUGAACUGCAUGCAAACAGAGAGCUUGGAUUUGAAGAAGCUUGUCUAUCUGUACCUUAUAAACUAUGCUAAAAGCCAACCUGACCUAGCUAUACUUGCUGUCAAUACAUUUGUGAAGGAUUCACAGGAUCCCAAUCCCUUGAUUCGUGCUUUAGCAGUGAGGACUAUGGGAUGUAUUCGUGUUGAUAAAAUUACAGAAUAUUUAUGUGAUCCUCUUCAGAGAUGUCUCAAGGAUGAUGAUCCUUAUGUGCGGAAGACGGCAGCUAUUUGUGUUGCUAAACUCUAUGACAUAAAUGCUGAACUAGUGGAAGACAGAGGAUUUGUGGAGAAUCUCAAGGAUUUGAUUUCUGACAAUAAUCCAAUGGUAGUAGCGAAUGCUGUGGCAGCACUUGCGGAGAUCCAAGAAAACAAUAGUCGACCAAUCUUCGAGGUCGCCAGUCACACACUUUCAAAGCUCUUGACUGCUCUAAACGAGUGCACUGAAUGGGGUCAAGUUUUCAUUUUGGAUGCACUUUCGAGGUACAAGGCAGCUGAUGCUCGUGAAGCUGAAAAUAUAGUGGAACGAGUUACUCCACGACUGCAGCAUGCAAAUUGUGCAGUUGUACUUUCGGCUGUCAAGAUGAUCCUGUUACAGAUGGAACUCAUCACUAGUACUGAUGUGGUCCGAAAUCUUUGCAAGAAAAUGGCUCCUCCUCUGGUAACACUACUUUCUGCAGAACCUGAGAUACAGUAUGUUGCUUUGCGAAACAUCAGCCUUAUUGUACAAAGGCGACCCACAAUCCUAGCCCAUGAAAUCAAGGUUUUUUUCUGCAAGUACAACGAUCCAAUAUAUGUGAAGAUGGAAAAGUUAGAGAUCAUGAUAAAGCUGGCUUCUGAUAGGAACAUAGAUCAGGUUCUAUUGGAGUUCAAAGAGUAUGCCACAGAAGUUGAUGUAGAUUUUGUUAGAAAGGCUGUCCGUGCUAUUGGCCGCUGUGCCAUCAAGAUAGAGAGAGUAGCCGAGCGGUGCAUAAGUGUGUUGCUUGAGCUGAUAAAGAUAAAAGUAAACUAUGUUGUGCAGGAGGCUAUUAUAGUCAUCAAGGACAUUUUCAGACGAUAUCCUAACACCUAUGAAUCCAUCAUUGCAACCCUCUGUGAGAGCUUAGACAAUUUAGAUGAGCCAGAGGCUAAGGCAUCGAUGAUCUGGAUAAUUGGUGAAUAUGCGGAAAGGAUUGAUAAUGCUGAUGAACUCCUUGAAAGCUUCUUGGAGACUUUUCCAGAAGAACCUGAACUGGUCCAGUUGCAAUUGCUGACUGCAACUGUCAAAUUGUUUCUUAAAAAGCCAACGGAAGGCCCACAGCAGAUGAUUCAGGUUGUUCUAAAUAACGCUACUGUGGAGACCAACAAUCCAGACCUGCGGGAUCGUGCAUACAUAUACUGGCGUCUUCUUUCAACUGAUCCUGAGGCAGCUAAAGAUGUUGUAUUGGCUGAGAAGCCUGUGAUCAGUGACAACUCAAACCAACUUGAUCCUUCACUUCUCGAUGAACUUCUCGCCAACAUUGCUACCCUAGCUUCUGUAUAUCACAAACCUCCGGAUGCAUUUGUAACCCGUGUGAAGACAGGAGUCCAGAAACCGGAUGAGGAUGAAUACCCUGAUGGGAGUGAAACUGGUUAUUCCGACUCACCUGCCCAUGCUGUUGACAGUUCCUCGGCUGUGUCCAGUUCGAGCAAUGUUCCACAUUCUGUGACACAGCAGGCAGCACCAAUGCCCCCUGCACCUGCUGUGCCAGUGCUGGACCUACUGGGCGAUCUGAUAGGCCUGGACGGUGCUCUUGUCCCUGUUGACCAGCCAACCACAGAUUCUGGGCCUCCUUUACCUGUUUUACUACCAGCAUCAACUGGUCAGGGUCUACAGAUCAGUGGCCAGCUCACAAGGCUUGAUAAUCAAAUAUUCUACAGGAUGUUGUUUGAGAACAACUCCCAGAUUCCUCUUGAUGGGUUCAUGAUACAGUUCAACAAAAAUACAUUUGGUCUUGCUGCUGCUGGACCUCUGCAGGUCCAACAAUUGCAACCUGGUGCUUCAGUGAGGACUCUUCUGCCGAUGGUGUUGGCCCAGAAUAUUUCCCCUGGGCCUCCAAGCUCACUUCUGCAGGUUGCACUAAAAAACAAUCAGCAGCCGGUAUGGUACUUCAAUGAUAAAAUUUCACUGCAAGUGUUCUUCACUGAGGAUGGUAAAAUGGAGUGAGCAAACUUUCUUGAGACUUGGAAGUCCCUUCCUGAUACAAAUGAGAUCACCAAGGACCUACCAAGUGUCGUGCUCAACAGUGUACAAGCCACCUUGGACUGUUUACAUGCAUCAAACGUGUUUUUCAUCGCGAAGCGAAAGAACAUGAACCAAGAGGUUCUAUAUCUCUCUGCAGAGGUCCCUCAAAGCAUUCCUUUCCUGAUAGAGCUGACGGCUGCCCUUGGAGUCCCUGGCAUCAAGUGCGCAAUCAAGACACCAAAACCGGAAAUGGCACCGCUCUUCUUUGAAGCCAUGGAGGCUCUUCUCAACUGAUCCUAUUGUUGCAAAUGGUUGUAGCUUUUGUAAAUUCUAUGGUUCGAAUACUUUGCUCAUUUUUUU